AUGGAACAGCAAGCUCGGCGGAUCUUGAUCGGCCUCGGCUUCAAAGAAGACGCUCUCAACAAACGAGUCUCGACUCUCUCGGGCGGCUGGCGCAUGCGGUGCAUGCUAGCUAGCGUUCUAAUCCAAGACCCUGAUAUCAUGAUCCUCGACGAGCCGACCAACUUCUUAGAUCUUCUUGGGGUGGUGUGGCUCGAGAACUACCUGCAGCAACUGCGCGAGACAUCCCAAACAACAAUUGUGUUGGUCUCGCAUGAUCGAGAUUUCGUCAAUGCCGUCUGCGAAGAGAUCGUGAUCCUUCGCGACCAGAAACUGUCUUAUUUUCGCGGAAACCUGUCCGCAUACGAACAAGACUUCGAGGAGCAGAAGAUCUACUGGGGACGCAUGAAAGAGGCACAGGAGCGGCAGAUCGCACACAUGGAAGCCAGUAUCCGGGAUAACAUGAAGAUCGGGAAGAAGACUAACGACGACAACAAACUCCGGCAAGCCAAGUCGCGCCAGAAGAAGGUCGAUGACCGGAUGGGACUGCAGGUCAGCGCGAACGGAGGCCGGUUCAAACUGAACCGCGACUUGGUUGGUUACCACUUGUCCAGCCGUGCUGAGAUCGAAGUCCCGACGGACGAAAAGGGCGCGACCAUGAGCCUGCCCGAUGCGACGGAGCUGCGGUUCCCAGGGCCCCUGGUGUCCCUCGAGGGAGUUGUCUUCAAGUAUAAGAGCAGUCCGCGGGUGAUUCUGGAUGACGUGAACCUGGUCGUCCAUAUGGGUGACCGCGUCGGGGUGAUGGGUCUAAAUGGAUCGGGCAAAACGACCCUCGUCCAUGUUUUGACGGGACAGAUCUCGCCAUCCAAUGGCAAGAUGGCGACGCAUUCGCGGUUGAAGGUGGGCUACUAUGGCCAACACUCGGUGGAAGAGCUCCAAGAGCGUGGUCAAGGGGAGCCCGGUCUGACGGCAUUGGGGUUGUUGAUGGCUGAGGCCGAGGGCUCACUGAACGAAGGUGCUAUACGAGGUCUGCUGUCGUCAAUGGGCCUCCCUGGCCGCAUCGCAUCUGAUGUGCCCGUGGGCAAACUGUCCGGUGGCCAAUUGGUCCGCCUGGCACUGGCCCGAAUCGUCUGGAGUGCACCGCAGCUCCUCAUCCUCGACGAAAUUACCACCCACCUGGAUUUCCACACGGUCACGGCGCUGGCGUCGGCCCUGUCUUCGUUCAAUGGUGCAAUCUUGUUGGUCUCCCACGACCGAUUCUUGGUGCGGUCUGUGAUCGAGGGCAAGCGAGACACCGACCACAAACUCGAUGAAGACUUUGAAGGACUGGAAGAAGAAACCGAAGAGACGCAGAGCCGCCGCCGGUCAGUGUAUGUGCUUAAGGCGGGCAAGUUGAGUGAGCAGCAGAAUGGGGUGGAGCAGUUUGAGAAGAGCCUGGUAAAGCGGGUACAAAAAAUGCUGCCACCAGUGUAG